AUGGAUGACUGCUCUGCUUCCUAUGACCCAAAAAAGGUGAAAAAAGAGGUGUUGGAAUACGAAGAAGGAGAUGAAGAGGAAGUAGAAGAAGAAGAAUCCGAUAGCGAAGGUUCAUCGGCUCAAGCUCUUCGUUAUUAUGAAGAUGUAAUGAAAGAUUUGAAUGUGGAUAUGGAUGAUUUGGAAGAAACAAUCAAAAACUAUGGAACGGAUGCUGAGACAUGGAUCAACGGCCAAGCAGUGAGGAACGUGUCUCAAGUCCAUGCUAACAAUCCAUGGACAAGGAACAAGGCAGCGAAGGAAACCACCAAAUACAAGCAAAUGUUAUUAGCUCAAAAAAGAAAGGCAAUUCAACAAUUCCAUGAAAGGGCCUUCACCAACGAUUUCCGGUUAAAUCCCGGAAGAUCGGCAAAGACGAAAGUGGCUCAUUGCGGAUACAAAGAGGAAGAGGACAGUGAUCGAAGUCAUCAAGGUGGUGCCCGGUGA